AUGAGAGAGGUAUACAGCCUUGAAGAGAGAGAGAAUAUAGACCUGGGUAAUAUCGUUGUGAGUGUUGAAGGCUCAAGCUGUAUUGUUGAUGAUGCGUCAAAGUCACGACACAAUGAUGCUCAUCGCCUGCAUAUUCUUCGCCUCCUCAUAGCGAACAAAAAGCACAGUGGAUACCCCGCCAGCGAUAUUACUAUCGUGACCCUUUACCAAGCCCAGGCUGCCCGUAUCCGUCAUUCAUUGUUUCGGAUAAAACAAUAUGGCCUUCUGGAUAAGACGAGUAUACCCAAAGUAGCAACGACAGAUUCGAUGCAGGGCAAGGAGUCCAAGGUCAUAUUAUACGACCGGGUAAUAUCAAGCGCGAACAACCUCUAUGAUAUGGGGUUCACUGUUGAUGAGCAUAGAGCCACUGUGGGGUUGACUAGAAUGACAGAGGCUAUGGUCAAUUUGCUGCCUGAAUCUGUCGGAACGGGUCAGGAAGCCGUCUCCCCCAGGGGGCAGUACGAUUAUUUAGAAGAAAGGAUCAACUCGAAGAUGCCCUACCCAUGCGAGUUUAGGUCGUGGGCACAAAGUAAGAGGAUUGUGCUCACGGUACAAUGCCCUUCUGAAGAGGAUAUCAUACCAGCCCCGCAGGAACCCAUGCAGAUUGUCAUGACCUCAAACAUCUAG